AUGGUUGUCAAAAAAGAGUAUCAAUAUCCAGAUCCAACACUCUCAGGAUAUACACCAUCUGAUCGAAUAUGGGCACGUACAUCCCCUGGAGGUAAAUUCAUAUAUUGGCUUUAUAUAUGGUUUUUGAUACCAUUUUUGGUCAUUAUAUCUUUACUUUUAGCUAUACCUUAUUUGUUCUUUCGAUCUAGUCGACCAUUAUUACCUUCUGGACAGAAACCCGAUCCUGCUUAUACCCAAAGGUCAAGAUAUCAUCCUGAUGAUCCGAGAUCAUGUUCAAAAUAUGAAUGGUAUGGUCCGAAAAAACCUUUUCCUGCCGAUACUUGUUUUGUACCUAUUGGACAAGGUCCAGGUUUACAUAGGAGAACAUGGGAAGUUUAUGGUUAUUUAAGGGAUUAUGUAAGGAUGAUAAUCAAUCAAGCUCUUCAAAUUGGUGGUGUUGUAACUGCACUGAUCAUAGGUUUCAUGCAAGUGAAUAUGAUGGUACAUGAUCUGACUGAUGAUGUCAUAAUCAACUAUAAGGAUACUGUUGGAUCAACAAACAAUGACCCAGCUGUACAACUUCGAACAGACCCUAAAUGCGCUUAUGGUGUAGGAACGGGCGUAGCGAAUUGGGGCAAUGACAAAGAACCACUAGUUUGGUAUUCCUGUUAUCAUAUAUUCCUAAUCUUCCUGUGUAUAUCCCUACUUGGUGAUGAGCUUUUCAAUGUCAGAUUCGGAUGCUUUGCUCCACAAUGGUUCAGAGCCGGGAAUGGCUAUACGAUGAUGUUUCUGGUGUCAGCUACGCUGACCACGAGUCCAAAUUGGGGUUGGACCGAAACAAUGCAGUUCCGAUAUCUGGUACUCGUGAUCAUCUUCAUUCUUGGAGUAUACAAUGUCACUCAUACGUUGUUGUCUUCUUUCGGUAUACCAUCUGAUGACUAUAAAGAUGCAGAUGUGAGAACAGGUAGAAAACCAUUAAGACCAUGGAGUGAGAAAGAAUGGGAUGAUGAAUGGUUUAGGAUGAAUUUCAUACCUUCAACGAACCAGAGACAUUUUUUGACUGAGAGAAUUCAAGCAAAAUUAGGUGAUUGGAAUUUCCCUUUAGAAAAAAGACCAAGGGAAAAUAUCGAGAAACAAAUUGCAAUACUGGAGAAAGAGAACCAGGAUUAUGAUGAUGGCCGCAUUCAGAAAGUUUGGCAGAAGACUCCCGAGGAUAUCAAACGACAAGCUGGUAAAAUUGGUAGAACGAUAAUCCAUGGGGCACCUAAGAAAUUACCUUAUCAUUUCAUGGAAGAUCUUAGACAGAGGAAAAGGUUCCAUAAACCCCCUAUCAAUCCAAGGAAUCCUCCCACCGAAGAAGAAGAGCAGGAGAUAAUGAAAGCAUUAGAUCAGGAUAAAGGUUAUUUCGGUAUUGCCAAUUGGAAACCUCGCACCAAAAGCUACGGUUGGUGGUGGUUUGAUGUUAGGAGAGUUCACUAUAUGAUUUGCGCUACCGCUCUUUUUGGCGUUAGGAUUGGACUAUGUUUCUUUGAUCUUGGACCGCAAGCUUAUUCCGCAUACCUGGAAGAAUAUCAGUUGAAUCAAUUUGCUUGGAAAGUGAGCGGUGGACCUAAUCCUUCGAAAUGUCAAUACUAUCAAGGAAGUUCAAUGCCGAUUUUCAUUUUACUUAGUGGAAGUGCUCAUACUGGGGUAAUGACUAGUCUAGUCUGGAUGGGAGUCUGGCAUGCUUUCAUGCUUGGAAUGUGUAUAGCCAUAUUUAUGGUCGCUCUCUCAAACAACAUGUGGUGGGGUAUACAUAUGCCCUUUCCACCUAUUACUCUGAUAGGUCCAAGGAUGACCUCGAUGAGUAUGGGUAUCACACUAGGAUUUGUGGCGUUUGCGACUCUGCAACAAGGUUUCUACUUUCAUAACGACUCGUUGAUCCUUUUAACCAAAGUCAUAUGCUAUUCCUCGGUGGUGGGAUUCAUCCUCUCAUUUUUCCCUAACGAACCUCUUCGAUCUGAUUAUACAAGAGAUCCAUUUUGGCCUUGGUCGUCAAGAUUCGCGAUGAGGAUGAUGGACCGAAAGAAGUGGCACUAUUCGUUCAAGGAUGAUGGCUUGAUUGCCCAAUGA